AUGGCCCUCUUCCGACCCCCCGGCGCGGGCCACCUUGCGCCGCCAAUAUACGGCUGGCUCUUCUCCAUCCUCACGAUCCUCCUCUUCUUCAGCAACCUCGCAUGUGGCGCUGCCGCCCCCGGCGACAAGUACCUCAUCGGCGUGGGCAAGGCCGACGUCACCGGUCCGGUUGUCGAGAUCGGCUUCGCCGGCUAUGCCAACACAGACCAGGUCGGUACCGGCUUGCGCCAGCGGCUCCACAGCAGGGCGUUCAUCGUCGCCGACGUCAAGAACCCCAAGGACCGCUUCGUCUACUUGGUGCUGGACACGCAAUCGGGAGACACGGCCACGCGGUAUGGCGUCCUCGAGGGGCUCAAGGCUCUCGGCAGCGAGUAUGAUGUGUACGGCCACAACAACCUGGCCCUGACGGGCACACAUAGCCAUGCCGGCCCCGGCGCCUGGUUCAACUACCUGCUGCCUCAGGUCACGAGUCUCGGCUUCAGCAAGCAGAGCUACCAGGCCCUGGUUGAUGGCGCCGUUCUGUCCAUCAAGCGUGCUCAUGAGAACUUGCAGGAAGGUUACCUAGAUGUAGGCACGACGGUCGUCAAAGACGGAGCCAUCAACCGCUCACUCUGGGCGUACAUGGCCAACCCCAAGGAGGAGCGAGACAAGUAUAACGCCGAGACCGAUACCACCAUGACUCUGCUCCGCUUCCGGCGUGCGUCAGACGGCAAAAACGUGGGAGUCCUGACCUGGUUCCCCGUCCACGGUACCUCGCUCCUCGGAAACAAUACCCAUGCCGCAGCCGACAACAAGGGCGUGGCGGCGUGGAUGCUCGAGGAGGCCAUGAAGGGAGACAGCUCGGCUGCCGAUGGGUUCGUGGCUGGCUUCAGCCAGGCUAACGUCGGCGAUACCACCCCCAACGUUCUGGGGGCGUACUGCGACGACGGCUCCGGGCAGCAGUGCAGCUUGGAGAACAGCACUUGCGCCGACGGUAAGUCGCAGAGCUGUCACGGCCGCGGGCCUGAGUUCCAAGCCCUCGACCUCGGAGUCAAGAGCUGUUACGAGAUGGGUCGCCGACAGUAUGCCGGGGCAAAGGCCAUCUAUGACUCUUUGGACUCGUCAGGGACGGCCGUCGUCGGCUCCACGGUAAAGGCCUUCCACUUCUUCCAUGACAUGAGGUUCUGGGAGUUCACGCUGCCCAACGGCAAGACGGGCAAGACGUGCCCUGCUGCUUUGGGAUAUUCGUUUGCGGCCGGCACGUCAGACUGGCCUGGCGCGUUUGACUUCACGCAGGGCGACUCGGGCGAGCCGAACGCGAAUCCCAUAUGGAAGGUCGUGUCGGGCUUGCUCAGGACUCCCUCCGCCGAGCAAAAGGAAUGCCAAGGCUCGAAGCCUGUCCUCCUCGACGUUGGCGAGAUGGACGUCCCGUACGCCUGGACCCCUAACAUUGUCGACAUCCAGACGUUCCGGGUCGGCCAGCUCCUCAUCAUCGUCAGCCCCAGCGAGGCCACGACCAUGAGCGGCCGGCGGUGGAAGGCUGCCGUGGCACAGGAGGCUGCCACGUUCCUCGACAAGGACCCCAUCGUCGUGCUUGGCGGGCCAGCCAACAGCUACUCGCACUACUGUGCGACUCCCGAGGAGUACGAAAUCCAGCGCUACGAGGGCGCCUCGACACUCUUCGGCCCGCACCAGCUCGACGCCUACAUCAAUCUCACGGUCAGCAACAUGCACUACCUCCACCCAGACUCGACGGGGACGCCCGAUCAAGGCACUCUGCCGCCCGACAACCGCGAGAAGUCGCUCUCCUUCAUUACCGGCGUCGUGCAGGACAACCACCCUUCCAGCUCCGACUUCGGCCACGCUAUCCGACAGCCCGACGCGUCGUACCAGGUCGGCGCCGUCGUCAACGUCACCUUCCAGGGUGCCAACCCGCGCAACAACCUGCGCCUCGAGGGCACCUACGCCGCCGUGGAGCAGCAGGGCCCCGACGGCAAGUGGACCCAGGUGGUCGACGACAACGACUGGUUCCUCGUGUACACGUGGCGGCGGACGAACUGGUUCCUGGGAUACAGCGAGGUCGACAUAACGUGGGAGACGUCGGGCAACGCCAAGCCAGGCACCUACCGCCUCAGAUACUAUGGCGACGCGAAGCCCCUGAUUGGCAGCGUCAAGUCGUUUGAGGGCACGAGCAGCACCUUCAAGCUGACCUAG